AUGUCUACAUUGAACCAAAACAGUUCUGAGGUCACAGAAUUUCUCAUUGUUGGAUUCCCAGGAUUCAGAGACCAAGAAAGCAGGAGAACUCUGUUCGGGGUCUUCCUCACAGUUUAUCUCUUCACUUUAGCCGGGAACAUUCUGUUAAUUGCCAUAUUUGCUUGUGACAGAACUCUGCACACCCCAAUGUACAUAUUAGUGUGUGGUUUGGCUGUUCUCGACAUCGCCAUCAGCACUAACACUCUGCCCAGUAUGCUAGUUGUAUUAAUGCUCGAAUACAGAAUUGUGCCUUUAGCUGCUUGUUUUACUCAGACGAUGUUCCUGACUGGACUUUUCUCAACAGAGUGUUUCCUCCUUACAUUAAUGGCCUAUGAUCGUUAUGUCGCAAUCUGUUACCCCCUUCAUUAUCCUAAUUUAGUCACUAACAGUCGCAUCUCCAAACUGGUGAUUGGCUGCUGGGUGGCUGGGUUUCUUUGGGCAAGCAUUACUUUGGGUUUUGCUCUCAGGCUUUCAUUUUGUAAGGUCACUAAUGUUAUCUAUGUGUUUUGUGACUUUGGUUCUUUGUUGUUCAUAGCCUGUGGAGACAUUCAGAUUUCUAAUUCUGCAAUAUUAUUUUUUCCUAUGAGUGUAUUGUUCACCCCAUUGGUGUUAAUCCUCUUUUCCUAUGUACGGAUUAUAUACUCAGUUUUCAGGAUUGCCAGUAAAGAGGGAAGAAUGAAGGCUUUCUACACGUGUGGCACACAUAUGCUUGUGAUUUUUGUCUUUUUCUUAACUGCUGCUGGAGUCUUAAUUUCAGACAGGAUUCCGUCGACAUCUAAGGACACCCGUAUUUUGGGUCUCAUAGUACGCAAUGUGUUUCCAUCAUUAAUGAAUCCAGUAAUUUACUGCCUCAGAACUAAAGAAAUUAGAAGCAGUUUACGUAAAAUGUUGAAGAAAGUGAAAUAUUAAAAACAUUAAGGUUGUGCCAGUUGGA